GAGAUUGUCAGACAGUUCCAAGACCUUUCCCACGCGCUCCCCUCCCCUUCUUCCUUUUCCAACCCUCCCUGCGCCCCUGCCCUGCUGCCCCGCUCAUCAGUCGUCACACAUGUCUUCACAUUCGAGUGCCUGCCUGCCUGCCCCCUCGCCCUCACCGGCGCGGUCGUAACAACCGAUCCAUGCCCGUCUGCUGACUCCUGUGGCCUCGACGCUGCGAAGUUACUGACUUGCUGGUGCUGCGCCAGGCGGUGGUGGUGGGUGGUAGCGCGGCGCGGUUGGGGAGGAGGAGGAGGACCGGCGAGGGAGGAGCGGGGCGGAGAUGAGGAUGAAGACGCUGGCGUGCUGCCGGCGGCGGCCGCAGGACUUCAGCAUCGACAUGGACCAGGAGCCCGACAUUUAUGAUGCUGGGGUGAUGACAUAUAAUGGCCUCGAGACCUGCAUUAUCAAUAGUUCCGUCUAUGACGAUGAUAGUGGCAUCAGUGCAACAACAGGUGGCGAUGGCUGUGUCACCAAUGAUUCCCUUGAUGAUGAAGUCUCGAGUUGCUCUAGUAAAGAUGCUUCUGGUUCGUCCUUCUCUUCCCACUGCCUUAGCAAGCAGGAGGAGCAUUCCCUGGAUGAGUUGGGUACACCAAUCGCAGUUCAUCUACUCCCUUUCAAAGGGAAGAAACCCAUCACAUAUACCUUGAGUGCUUCAGAUAUUGAAAACAUGAAGGAAAAAUUUUCAAAGCUAUUGCUCGGUGAUGAUACUUCAGGAGGAGCUAGGGGCGUUUGUACUGCUCUGGCCUUGUCCAAUGGCAUAAUCAAUCUUUCAGCGACUGUUUUUGGAGAACUUUGGAAGCUGGAACCGUUGUGUGAAGAGAAAAAGAUCAGAUGGAGAAAAGAAAUGGACUGGUUUCUGUCUCCUACAACUUACAUGGUGGAGCUGGUUCCGACGAAGCAAAGUGGAGUAGAUGGAUGCACAUUUGAGAUUAUGACUCCAAAGGCCCGUUCAGAUGUUCAUGUGAACCUGCCGGCUCUUCAGAAGCUUGAUGCGAUGCUCAUUGAAGUGAUGGACUCAAUGAUAGAUACAGAGUUCUGGUAUGAGGAGAGUGGUAGUAGAGCUGAUGGGCGGGGGAAAAUUACUGGUCUAAGGAAGAGUAAAAAGUGGUGGCUUCCAUCUCCUCGUGUCCCUGAGCAAGGGCUGUCUCAAUUCCAGCGAAAAAGGCUUGUUUUUCAGGCUAAGCUUGUUCACCAGAUCCUCAAAGCUGGAAAAUCCAUCAACGAACAAGUCCUAUUCCAUAUGCCUAUUCCUGCAGCUGUUAUGGAUGCCCUCCCAAAGUCUGGGAGAGCUAGCUUGGGCGAAGAUUUGUAUCAAGCUAUAACCACGGAGUAUAUUCCUAUAGAGGAAAUCUUUGUUUCGCUCAGUUUGAAAACGGAGCACAGCGUGCUUGAGACUAUAAACCGGUUGGAGGGUGCAGUGUUUGCAUGGAACCAAAGAAUCUUAGAGGAAAAAAGCAAGAGGUCACCAGGACGGCAUUCCUGGAACUUCAUGAAGGACAGUUCCUCAGAACUCGACAAGAUGUCUGCGUGCAUCGAAAGGGCCGACACUCUUGUGCAGCUUCUGAAAUCCAGAUUUCCCAACCUGCCUCCAACGUUUAUAGAUGUUUUGAAGGUCCAAUACAACGUGGACGUGGGGCAUGCCAUUGUGGAGGCCUACUCCAGGGUCCUUGUCGGGGUCGCCUUCAGCAUACUGUCCCGGGUGGCGGAGAUACUGCUGGAGGACGACCUGGUGAAGAAGCCCAACACCCCGAUGGCGGCGCUGAAGUUCGACCUCUCCUCCGACGUGUACCUGGCGGGCAUCACGGAGACGCCGCCGGGCCACAUCCGGCGGUCCCUCAUGGACCAGAUCAGCAUGGUCGACGGCCGCCUCGACGCCGUCGUCAAGAAGAAAGGGGUGAAGCAGCUGCGGUGGUGAGGGCGCGGCCGCCGGCGGCCCUUGUGAAUCUUUUGGCGCUGUGUACAGGGUGGCGAUGCGGGGCCCAGUUGUCCGCUCCACAAGGUCAUUUACCUUACUAGCAAUAGCGUAAUGCGAUCGACGUGUCGACUGAUGAUGAGUUUUAUAGUGCACUGUGUAAGAGCAGCGUUGGCCAAAUGGAAUCUUGCCUGUUAGUCGCGGUCUC